UUAGCAUCUGGCGAUUUGAUGGCAUCACUUGCGAUGUCAUACCGUAUAGGCAAAAGUACUGUUUCUGGUAUAAUACAAGAAACAUGCGAAGCUAUUUGGAAAGUUCUGCAACCUCAGGUUUUAGAACAACCUUCUCAACAAGAUUGGAUAAAGAUUGAAGAUGAAUUCUUUAAAAAAUGGAACUUCCCACAUUGCAUAGGAGCUAUUGAUGGGAAACACGUUGUAAUACAAGCACCACCACAUGCAGGAUCGACAUUUUAUAAUUUUAAGGGCCAACACAGCAUUGUACUCUUAGCGGUAGUAUCAGCAUCAUAUAAAUUUUUAAUGGUUGACAUUGGUGCUCAAGGACGACACAAUGAUGGAAGAAUUUUUAAAGAAUCCAAUAUGGGACAACGAUUUCACAAUAAGCAGAUGGAUUUACCACCUCCGUGUCCAUUGUCAAAUUUUCGUAAUAUACCUAUUCCGUACAUGCUUGUGGGAGAUGCUGCAUUUCAACUUACCGAAUAUAUGCUAAGACCAUAUCCUGUUAAUCAAUUAAAUAGAAGUAGAAGAAUAUUUAAUUACAGAUUAAGCCGAGCAAGACGUAUCUCAGAAAAUGCAUUUUCAUUUCUAGUUAAUAUAUGGAGAAUUUAUAGAAAACCGAUUAACGCAUCACUUAAAACUACUGAAAGUAUAAUUAAAGCAACUGUCUGUCUGCAUAAUUUUUUAUUAUCAACACGACAAUACAGAGAUAUGGCAGAUGAUACAUGUCGAAAUGUUAUACAAGAAAAUACAGCCAUUAGAAAUGUUAGUAACAUAGGAAGUAAUACACAUUCACAAUUAGCAGCAAGUAUUAGAAAUGAAUUUUGUGAAUAUUUUGUACAAGAAGGCUCUGUACCUUGGCAAGAAAUGUAUAUUUAAUUAACUCUUAACUAAAACAACAGAUUAUUUGGACACAAUGCAAAAUUUUUUGGAUAACUGUAUAAUCCAUUUAGAAGGAGAGACUAAGAUUUAUAGUUAAAAUAUGGAUAAGCUUUAACACUUAUCUAAAAAACAAACAAACAAAAUACA